CGCUUUCUGCGAUCUGUAUAUCAUACGCUUAUUAUUAAGAACUGUGCGAAUAUAUGCAUGUGUUUACGACAUCUAACGCUUCUAAUCCAUUCCGUUUGCGUAAAGUGAGCUGUGCUCGUGUUCAACAAAGAAAGAGGCGGUAGAUUGAAAUCGAAACACAACAGAAGUUUUAUUGAUCAGAAUCGGACGGAUCGGGGGACAUCUCAGUCUGAAAAAAAACGACAACAAGGCUUGUUAUGAAUCCCUGGGACCCCAUUACCUAUACAGUGACACCUGCUGCUAAGAUUUUAGCCAGAUGUGUCACAUCAGGCACCAUGACACAGGAGGAGCUCAAUGCUCUUCCACAGGAUUCAGAAGUCUUUUCUACAUCUUUACUUGAAGCUGAGCAGCUGAACAGAAUUAGACGUGAUCUUGAUCAGGCUAAUCUAGAGUUAGAGCUGCUGAAGCUGGAGAGAGACAGUGCAGACGUCACUCACACGCAUUACCUCAGUCAAAGGUAUGCUUCCUUGCAACAGUUCACAUCCCACCUUCAGGAAGUGUUGCGAGAACAGACAGUCCUACGAGAGAGACUCACAAAGCCACUUUGUCAGCAGAACCUGCCCAUUCAUGCUGAUCUUCACAGAUAUGUGGUAGAGCUCAUGGGGAUGGUGGUGGAGUUCAUUCAGAACUUGGAAGUGAAAAUUAAGAUGGUUCAUGCUAUUCCAAAAACGGACAGUUAUCGGAGUAAUUUGAACAGUGCCAUAACUCAACUGCUGGCUCAGGUCACUGAAGUUGAAAACUUGUACAGACAAGUUCUCAAGCGACGAGGCCAUCUGCACACCAACAUUAAAGACAUGUCCAGUUGAUAAAUAAUUUAAAGAACUUGUAGCAUUUGAUCAGGAUACUAGUGAAUAUUAAAUGAAUAAAAAUAACUAAACAUCACUGACUAGAUUCAGUAUACAUCUGUACAGUUCUGUAUUCUGUAUCUUCAAACUAUAUAACAUUCGUGUUUUGUUUCAUAUUACAUAACAACCUACUGGUUUCUGAGACAGGCACAUUAGAGAAAACUGAUUUGGUUUGUUUUAAUUCAUGGAUUAGAUACGUAAAUAAUGCAGCAAUAUGUAAAUGUUUCAUUUUAUGUGAGAUAUCUUUUGUAUUUUUAUGUUAAAUAAUAAUAAAUAAAUGUUCCACCUUUGAAA